AUGGCCUGGUUACUGAGACUGAGCAAGGCUUGGUUACAGAGGAUAAGAUUGAUGUCAUUUGUCCUCAAGUUUUCGAAGAUGCACGUGAAUUUUCUCCAUCCAUUUUUUAAGCCCAUAGCUGACUGUGAUGUAGUUAGCUCCGAUGGAUACACUGUCCAAAACCUCGUAAGCCCAGAUUUAAGAGAGAAUUCCCGAGGAUUUUUGGCUGCUCAUUUUAUCAAGCCUCCAACUCUGUUACUCUUUCAACUUCCAUUUCCAGUUCACGUAGAAUCAAUGAUCAUCAAACCUAAAGUUGGAUCUCAAAUUUCAUCUGGUAUAGCUGUUUUGGUGGCGGGAAUCGCCGCAAAAAACGAUCCUCACGUGAAUGGUGACAUAACCAACCAUAAAUCAACAGUGUCUUCUAAAAUGCAAAGAAUUAACAAUGGCCUCCCUUUGAUCUCAUACAAAAGAAAAAAUUGUCAGAAAAGUACAGCCGAAACUUGCCAGAAACAAUCACCCAAAGAAGUUGUCACCCAUCACCACAGUUAUGAAUUGAAUAUUACCCCUACAUCUGUGAAAGGUGAGCAUUCGCAGUUUUUUACACAAGUUGCUUGGCUUACUGACAGUGAAGGUAGAACAUUUCAUAUGGAAAACAAAUUGUUUCAAGAAAGGUUUCCUGUUCAAGGGAUACACUCAGUAGGAAGAUCAGAUAUUCAGCAAGGAGAAUUUCAGCGAUUAUCCUUCCUUAGAAAGGUUACUCAUGUAGCAUUGAAGAUUGCACGAUUAAGUGGCUCAAGUGUACCAGCUAUUGGCAAAGUUGAAAUCUGGGGACAACCAUCUGCUUGUUGCCAGCCAGGAGUUUUAGAAUAUGCCUUACAAGUCCAGGAAAAAAUUCAAGCAGGCAUACAUAGUAAGGCUGCUACCACAGCGGAUGAACACAUAAUGAAGCCAGAUUCUAAACAUUGUAGAUCAAUGAUUGCUACAAAUUGUAAUAGUAACCCCAUUCCAGAUGACUUUAUUGACCCGAUUACAUGUGAAAUCAUGACAGUGCCUUUGUUACUCCCAUCUGGUCACAAUAUAGACUCAGUUACACUUGAAAAGCACAUUAUGGCAGAGAGAACCUGGGGACGAUUACCAUCUGACCCAUUUACUGGAAAAUUAUUCUCAGAAUUUUCCAAGCCACUACCAAAUAGUCUACUUAAAGUAAGGAUUGACAAGUUCCUUCUGUCAUCAGGACUAAAUAAUUCUGUUCAUGGGAGAACAGUUGGAAGUGAGACUGUGUCACUUCGAGAAAAUAAUCAAACUAAAAGUAAAUUACUGAAAGCAAAUAAGGGACCUUCAGAAGACAGUCAUGCAAAAGCCCCUUCUGGUAGCAGUGAAGUCAGAGGUUCUCAUCUUGAAUUACCUUUAUUUGGUGCAAGAUAUCAGCAAAGGGUUCCAAAUAACUGCGAGCACAAGUCAGAACAAAAAGGUACUUCCUUCAUGAACCUCUUCAAAAUUGAUUUACUGCGUCAUUUGGUUUUUUCUUUCUCUAAAUUUUGUUUGAUGUUGGCUUGAGAGAUUUGUGUCUUAUAAAAUACAUUAAAAAAUUUAUUCAUUCUCAUUGGCAAAAAGGAAUGCAAUUUGAAGGUAGCACAAUGUAGAAGAAAGCUAAUACAGGGCAAAAGGUGGUAAAAACUGUUUAGCUGGGCUUUGAAUUUUUUCGCUGCUAAAAAAGUUAUAAAAAAGGGAGAAAAUAUUUGUUUAAAUUGAAUAUGGUUUUGAUUAAAUGCAUAGUGAAAUUUGCAGGGUUUGAAUAAUUUAUAUUUGCAUGUGAUUUGACUGCUUUGCUUCUCUAUAAUUCUGAAAAGCUAUGUGCAAUUUUUUUCAUGUAUAUCAUCAAGAAAGAAUCACAUGAUUUUUUUUCAUUGUAAUGUAAUUUGGUAUAAAUCACAGUAAGCACAAAGUGCACAUACCCUGAACAGGUGCAGCUAGUGGUUUUUCCUUCUGAACUUUUUCUUGGUUUAUUCUAAACUCACUCAAAAUCAUGCAUUUACUUACUAGUUAAUAAAUUUUUCUCUUCUUCUUAGCUUUCUGCUUGCUUUAAGAACAAUGAGACCACAAGGAUAAAUUGUACUUUGGUCACUUUGGGAGUGAUAGGGUUGAAUCAUGGGGUGGUUGUUAUCAUUCUUUCAAAUUGUUUUUUGUCAUUUAAUAGUUAUAUGUUGGCCUAUCAAAAAGGAGUGGUUUGUAUGAGAAACUAUUUUUUUAUGCAAGAUCUUGAACUACCUUGUUUAAGUGUAAAACUAUCUCUUAUUUCAACCUUUUAACUCCUAAGGGUGAGUAGCAUGAUGAGAAGAAGAAAGAAAAUGAUCACCAACAUAAGAAGCUCUUUAUUGUUAAAAAAAUUCUCUUGGUCAGCACUUUAGGAAAUGUAAAGAAAAAAGUAUGGAGGAUAUGAAUACUGACAUUAAGUGUAAAGGGAUAAAAACAACUGAAGAUAAAAUUACAAAAAAGGAUUGUUUUUUUCUCCUCUUUGUUUGGUAGAAGUGGAACUUGGACAUGAGGAGGCAGUCACUAGAAGUCUUGAUUCAGCUGUUAAUCUGACACUCCAAGGACUUCACAAGUUUACAAGAAAUAGACCAGUCAAUCACGAAACACCAACAGUAACACAACCUGCUACUGAAGAAACAAGCAAAGGUACCUUGCUUUGGCAAGCUGUUUCUUUAGACAUAGUAAAUCAAAGUUGAAAUGUUAAUUUGACUGAAAAUACAAACAGAUGAUAAUUUGAUAAAACAUUACAUUAGGAAAGAUGGUAUUUUUUGACAAAGAAAUGAGACAAAAAUUUUGUCACAAGUGUGGAACAAAUGUUUUUCAUUUUCUUUUAUCAAUGUCUGAACUUAGAAUUUAUCAUCCUCUUCAAAAUUUAGUCAGGAUGCAGAACCCUUAUCACCAGUGUACCAAGUUUGUGGCCUAAUUACAAUGAGUGGCCAAAGUAAUUGGUCCAUCUCCCCUUUGUAGGUAGUUCAGACAACACUACACUCAACCCAAAUAAACACAAGUCUUUUAAAUGAAAUCUUAAAUCUGUAAUAAGUUACUUUAAAGUACUCCUUUUUCCCCUGAAUAACUUGGGGAAAUGAAAUUCAAACACUAGUUUAGCAUGCUAAGACUUUUGCCACUCAUUGUUACUAAUGAGAUCUCUGUGGCUUAGUUGGUGGAACAUGCAGUUGAAAAAAUCAGCACUGGCUAGGUUACAAACCCUCAUGACUUACUCUGACCAACAUUUUAAAAACAUCUUUCUGUUUUGAUGACCAAGCUCAAAAUUUGUCCAUUUUCUCAUUUUCCCUAAAAGCAGAUGUUUACAUCUAAAUUGCUUCCAAACCUACUGAGAACUGUGACCCCUUAUUACUGUUAAGGAAAUAGUGACCACUAAUACUAUGUUGUGCUUUAAUAGGUUUGGGAGAAAGACUUAAGAGGCCAGCACCAAAAACUUCAGAAACUUCGAAAAACUUCAUCAAAAAGAAACCCACUGUUUCAUGUGUGUCAUGUGAUCAGGAUCUGUCAUCACAAUCCAUAUUUCACCUGCCAUGCCAGCACAUUAUGUGUCGAUCAUGUCUCCUGAAAGAAACAGAGCAAAGUGACAAUAACAGCACAUGCAAGCUGUGUAAAACAACAUAUAGGCGAACGAAUGUCGUUCGAGUUCAUAAUGUCUGACAAUCCUUUUCCCUAAAGGGAUUAUAAUACAAUGGUUGCUGCAUUAUGUGAUCAGAGUUGGUGAAAAGUAAGAUUCUUUCUUGACAGGCCAUUAUUAAUAUUAUGUUAUCUGUCAGAACUGUCCAGUCAGAGAAGUCAAUUUCUAAAUUUUAACCCCCCCCACCCCAAAA